AUGAGUCAACAAGUGGAUUUUUUGAUUGUGGGCGCUGGCCCUGUUGGUUUAUUGGCUGCCAAUUUGAUUUCUCAGGCAGGGUUCUCAGUAAGGAUUCUUGAUGUUGAAUAUGAGCCCAAUCAUUGGGGGCGUGGCGAUUGGAUCCAUGGCCGUACCCUUGAGCUACUUGAAAGGGCAGGCCUAGCGGACGAGUUACUCAAAACAGGCGUCAAGGUCGAUCAGAUCUCAUCGUAUGCCAAUGGCGAGCUGCAAUCAAGUAUACCUUUUGUGCCUGACAACGUUGAGUCCAAGCAUCAAUAUCUCUUGUGUGUGGGGCAACACAUUACCGAAUCAAGCCUGGAAACCACUUUGACCAAUCGUGAUAUUGCUGUGGAGCGGCCUGCCACUGUGAUCAAUAUGGCUGAACAACCUGAAAACAAGACCCACCCCAUUAGGGCCACCGUGAUGCAUUUACGCGAUGAAGCACGUACCGAGCAACUCGAUUGCAAGUACAUUCUCUCAUGUGAUGGCGCACACAGCGAUUGCCGAAGCCAGCUUGGCAUUCAAACGGAAGGAGAAACGACUGAAACGCAUGCUGGUGUCAUUGACGCGUUGGUACGGACCAACUUUAACACUGGUAGAAAGGAUGUUUGCAUGCUUCAAAAUGAUGUUGCAAAGACCAUCAGCUUGUUUCCUCGUGAGAAUGGCCUUACUCGCAUCUUUGUUCACUUUGAUGAAAAUGAGAUUGAGCUACGCAAGGAGCAAUACAAUCGCAACAAGAUCCAGCUUGAGGAUAUCCAACGUGAGGCGAAACGUGGUUUACUACCUCAUCGACUUGAAUUCUUGGGUAUCUUGUAUUGGUCAGUGUAUGUGGUGGGUCAACGUUUGGCCACUGCCAUGGAUGCUAUGCAACAUCGUGUAUUCUUGUGUGGCGAUGCAGCUCAUUGUCAGAGCCCGACCUUGGGCCAGGGUGUCAACACGGGCUUUGGUGACAUCUUCAACUUGGUUUGGAAAUUAUGCAUGGUGGAACGUGGCCACAUUGAUCGCAAAGUCUUGUCAACGUAUGCAUCUGAACGACGACCUGUAGCACAACAAGUGCUUGCCAUCGACAAGGUAGCUGCCAAAGCAGCAGCAGGGCAUCAAUCCUCAAAGGAGUAUUGCAACAUUGUUCAAGAGCAUCGGUCCUUUACUAGUGGUUUUGGUAUCCAUUACAAUGAAGAGAAUGCAUUCAUUACACAACAAAGACCACAAUCUGCUGGCUUGUUACAACCUGGUAUGCGUGCACCCAAUUACAAGGUCUUUCAAUUCUCCUCUGGACGUAAAACUCGGUUGAUGGAUCAAUUCGAAUCCAAGGAUUGGCUCUCUUUUUCGUUACUGCUUUUGGCUGAUGAUUUGACACGAUCUCUGGAUAUGGCUCAAGCAUUAUGGCAAUUCAAGUCGCCCUUGAUUACGGAUCCAUGCCUUGUCAUCACUACCAGUCCCGCUGAUCGUAUUGAAUCCGAGUGUGCACCACAAUUGGAUGAGGAAAAGAAAAAAUUGAUCAUGCUUGAUAAGCUAAAUCGAGCACAAUGUCAUGCUGCCUAUCGGGGUGAGCAGCAACAACAAGAUGGUGCAGCAACUGUGGUGGUGGUGAGACCUGAUGGAUACAUUGGUACCAUUAUUCAAGGCUCAACGGCGGAUCAGCUUACUACGGGCGUUCAUCAAUACUUUGAUAGAUUCAUCAACAAAUCCACAUAG